CAUUUGGGGUGCCAUUGUGUGUCCCCGCCAUAUUGUCGUCCUGUGUCUUUGGCUGAGGCCCCCAGAUUUCUUCCCUCGGUAUCUGCAUCCUCUUGUCUGACUGCAGGAGUCUCAGGAGGACAUCAGAACUCCCGGUCUCUGAAAAUGGAGUCAGUGACCUUUGAGGAUGUGGCUGUGAACUUCACCCUGGAGGAGUGGGUUAUGCUGGAUUCAUCUCAAAAGGAUCUCUACAAAGAUGUGAUGCAGGAAAACUUGAGGAACCUGGCCUAUAUAGGAAACAAAUGGGAACACCAAAACAUAGAAAAUGAGUAUGAAAAUCUCUGGAGAAAACUAAGUAACCAGUUGUUGGAAAGACUCUGUGAAUAUACAGAAGGUCAUCAGUCUGCAGAAAUCUUUAACUGGACUCCAGAGUGUGUCCUGAACCAGAAAUCAUGUCCAGGAGUUCCCACAUAUGAAAACCAUGUAUAUGGAGAAGUGGUUAUUGGCCACUUAUCUCUAAAUGUCCUUCCUCAUCCUGACCCAGGGCACAAACCAUAUGACACUCAGGAAUAUGGAAAGGAGCUGAAUAAACAUAGGGAAUUUGGGAACAUCUCCAGUUCUACCACAACCUUCCAGAAGCAUAAAAGAAUUCACACCAAGGAGAAACCUAAAACUAGUCACUGUAAUAAAGACAUUAGCUGUCUCACAUCAGGUCAAAAUGAUGAAAAGACUUCUACGGGAGAAAAACACUACGAAUGUAAACAAUGUGGAAAAGUAUUUACUUCUUCCAGUUCUUUUAGAAGGCAUGAAGAAUAUCACAGCCGAGAAAAAUCUUAUGUUUGUAAGCAGUGUGGGAAAGCAUUCCCUUUUCCUAGUUCACUACAAAUACAUGAAAGAAUUCACACAGGUGAGAAGCCCUAUAUGUGUAAACAGUGUGGGAAAACCUUUGCCCGUUCGAGUUCUCUUCUAACUCAUGAAAGAAUUCAUACUGGAGAAAAGCCCUAUGUGUGUAAGCAGUGUGGGAAAGCCUUCACUGAUCGUAGUUCACUCCGAUUCCAUGAAAUGAUGCACAGUGGAGAGAAACCCUAUAAAUGUACGAAAUGUGGUAAGGCUUUUGCUUCUUCAGGUGCCUUUCGAAAACAUGAACGGACUCACACAGGAGAGCAGCUCUUCGUGUGUUUGCAAUGUGAGAAAGUUUUCAGUUGUGAAAGUGCUUUUCGAACACAUAAAAUAAUUCAUUCUGGAGAAUGUGUAUGUAAGCAAUGUGGUAAAGCCUUUACUAGUCACAGUUCAGUUAAAUACCAUGAAUUGAUGCAUAGUGGAGAGAAACCCUAUGUAUGUAAGCAGUGUGGAAAAACCUUUAGAUCUCCUAAACAAGUUCAAAUUCAUAAACGAACUCACACUGGAGAAAAACCUUAUGUGUGCAAGGAAUGUGGGAAAGCUUUUACUUUUCUCGGUUCCCUUCAAUACCAUGAAUUGAUUCAUACUGGAGAGAAGCCCUAUCUAUGUAAACAAUGUGGGAAAGCCUUCAGGUCUUCUCGUCAGGUUCAAAUACAUGAACGAACUCACACUGGAGAAAAACCAUAUGUAUGUAAGCAAUGUGGAAAAGCCUUCUUUUCUUUGUAUCAUUUGAGAAGACAUGAAGUAAUUCACAGUGGCAUGAAUCCCUAUGUUUGUAAGCAAUGUGGGAAAGCCUUCAGUUGGUUCAGUACCUUUCACAGUCAUAAACAGACUCACACUGGAGAAAAACCCUAUUUAUGCAAGCAAUGUGGGAAAGCCUUCUGUAGCCGCAUAUCAUGGAGAAGGCAUGAGAAAGCUCACACUACAGUGAAGCCUUACGCAUGUGUUCAAUGUGGAAAAGCCUUUCGUUCUCCUAGUUACCUCAAAAUACAUGAAAGAAUCCACACUGGAGAGAAGCCCUUUAUAUGUUCGCAAUGUGGAAAACCCUUCCGUUCUUUUCGUUAUGUGAAGUCACAUGAAAGAAGUCACACUGGAGAGAAACCCUUUGUAUGUACAGAAUGUGGGAAAGCCUUCAGUUAUUAUAGUUCUUUCCACAGACAUAGAAGAACUCACCAGACAGUAACCUUGAAUUCAGAACUUGAAAAGUCUUCAUAACAUAAGACUGCAUUCAGAGAACUAUAAAGUUAAACAUGUGGAACACCUUUUGGUCCUAUUCAUGGAUUAAGAAAGAACAUGUUUGGGCAGGCAUAGUGUGGCAUACCUUUAAUCCCAAAAUUUGAGAGGCAGAGGCAGGGAAUGUCAGAGUUCAAGGCCAAUCUGUUCUAUAUAUUGAUUUCCUAGUCACUCAGGGCUACAUAGUAAGACUGUUUCAAAAAAAAAAAAAAGAAAGAAAAGAAAACAUGUUUGUAUAUUUAACUAGAAGAGAUGUCCAAAUAUGAACACAUGUGCAAAUGCUUCCCCAAUAAAAUCUUUCCUUGUCAAAACACAAGGAACUCAAUAGUAGCAAACACUGGGACAGUCCUUUGAAAAAUUUUCAUAUAUUAAUUUCCAUAAAUGUCAAUAAUGUGAAGGACUGAAUACAAACUUUUGUUUGUUUUAGAAAAUCCAAUAUCUGAAGAAAACUUUGUAAAUAUAUUGUACUUAUUGGAAUCUAUUAGCGAUUUGUUUCUGUUUUUCAGAAAUAGUCUUGCCGUGUAAUCCAGUCUGGCCUUGACCCAAUUAUCUUCCUGUUUCAACCUCUAGAAUGUUUGAGUGAAAGAUGUCUGCUUCCACAUCCAGCAUUGGUAGUUCAUUCCUAAAAGAACCUUUUUGGACUCCAUGCUUCACAUUUUUGCUCUAAAAAAAAAACCUCUUUUUAAAACUAUAUGUAUAUGCAUGUUGUCUGUGUGUGAAUUUGUGCACAUUCAUGUAGUGCCUGCAGAGACCAGAAGGAGAUCAGAUCCUCUGGGGCUAGAAUUAUAGGCAGCUGUGAGCUGCCUCAUGUGGGUGCUUGGAACUGAAUCCUGUCCUCUGCAAGACUAUUACACACGCUUAACCACUGAGCCAUUUCUCCAGCCCCUAGAAAAUUAUCUUUAAACUGAGUAUGUGAAGUGAAGGAUUGCUUAAGUACAGGAGAUGGAAACCAAAAAGGAAAAAAGAAAGAGAAAAGAAGAAGAAAAAGGUACACUAUCAUUACAUUAAUUUAGUAAGGUUUCUUAGAGCAAUACUGCAUACAAGUUUAAUGUGUGAAAUCUUUUUGCAUUAAAUCAGGUAGUUUUUUCCUUUUAUUUUAAUUUCUGUACAUUCACUGAUGAGUUUAUAGUUAUUUGUAAUGCCAGAAGGCUCAA